GGGUCUCGUUACGUGCAGACAUACGAUACGCCAUGUCGAAUACUAAUUAGUUACUUAGUAGAUCAUUAGUGAAGUGUUGUUAAAAUGAAAGCGUUCGUGAUCUGUUUCGUUUUGUGUUUAAUGAAAAAUAAUGUUUUUGGUCUAGAUUCUGAAGAAAAAAUUGAAAUUACGGAAACAUGCUGCAGUUUCGGUGAGACGAUGGGUAUAGAAUUGACAUCAAUAGAGGCAUGUUCUAAUCCAUCAGUGCCUGAUGAAAUUGGUGAUGAAGAGAAAGACACUUGUAUACCCGCACUGAGGAGGUGUUGCGAAGAGCAAGUUAGAAUGAAAGAGCAAUGUGCUGAGGGCAUCAGAAUGGCAGAAUCUAAGCAGUGUUACCUCCCGAAAACUGGUAUUGGCAGAGCGUGCUGUGACGAGUGUGCAUUAGGACACCUUACAGGAUCAACUCAAGAUAAACGCAGCUGUGUCCUGUUAGAUAAUAGCAUGUUUAGUCCCGAAAAACUCUUGAGAAGCAAUGCCUUUAAUCAGUGCUGUCUGAGAGCUGCUGAAGAAAUAGAGACUACAACAGAAAAAAAGGAAAUCACAACCACACCAAAAGCAAAAUGUAAGGAGACAUCAUGUGAACAUAUUUGUAAUGACGAAGAUGGAACUAUCAGUUGUCAAUGCAGGGAGGGUUACAGGCUUCAGCCUGAUAAGAGAUCGUGCAAAGAUAUAAAUGAAUGUGCGGAAGCAGAUGACGAUCUCUGCACUGCCGAGGAAACUGUCUGUCACAACACAGAAGGCUCCUUCAAGUGUGUUCCCGUCAAGAAGAGAGACGUGAACCUUAGCUGUCCGCCGGGCUUCAAGAGAAAUAUUAUAAACCAAGUUUGUGAUGAUAUAAACGAAUGCCAGUCACCGAGGCCGCCAUGUCCGAAGUACCUUUGUGAAAAUACAAUAGGAGGGUACAAAUGCGCGGGAAAGCCGGGAAAACCAUUCACCGAAGAGUCUCCCAAAGUGACCACACCACCAUCUGCCAUUCCAGUUGUCAAAAACGACAUUUGUCCUCCAGGUUUCGUUGCAGGACCUGAUGAUGAUUGCCUUGAUAUCAACGAGUGCGAGGAAAGACUUGAUGACUGUCAGCGUCUCUCACAAUACUGUAUCAACACACAUGGCAGCUAUUUCUGUCAGGAUCAUGUUUCCAAACGCUGCUCUCCUGGUUUCAAAGUAAACUCUGACACAGGAAUAUGUGAAGAUAUAGAUGAAUGUGAAGAAAGCACAGAGGUUUGUAAGCGGAAUGAAGUUUGUGUAAAUCUUCCCGGCGCUUACAAUUGUAAAUCCAAAAUAAGCACCUUACCCAAAUUAGUCAAUAAGAAAAAAUGUCAAGAAGGAACUAGGAUUCGGCCCGGAGGAACUGUUUGUGAAGAUAUAGACGAAUGCCGCGAGGGCACCCAUCUGUGCGACCAGUUCCAGAACUGUAUCAACACGUUCGGGGCUCACGAGUGUCGCUGCAAGAACGGCUUCGAGUUGGAUUCCUCAACAGGUUCCUGCGUAGACAUUGACGAAUGCGCUUUAAAGCUAGACAACUGCGAAGAAGCGCUGCACUGUCUUAAUGUGCUGGGGUCAUUCACCUGUACCCGCCGCCCUGGCACCUCCAGUACUACACCACCACCAGACUACGAGUAUGAGUACUAUGAUUCUGAAGAAGACAGUACACCAAACAUACCAAAGACAACAGGUACAUCAUCGACAUCAACUACCACAACCACUACCACCCUGCCUAAUGAUGACCAUUAUGAAAUUGAAGAAGAUAACAUACCGAAUAUAAAACCGGAGACCACAUCGACUACCCCGCGGUCUACCACUUCAACGACUACUUCGCGGCCAAAUCGGACGACCCCAGCUAGAAGAUAUCCACCCUAUUCUCCAACAACUCCCAGAGUACAACCUUCGAGACCAGCCGAUACUCACAGAGACCGACAUCCGUAUAACCCGACCAGAUAUAGUCCAAUUACCACGAGUACAACGCCUCCUUCAAAUGAUGAUGAUUAUUAUGAUACGGAAGAAGGCGAAAGAAAUAAGGAGAUACCAUCGACAACACCUCGUCAAACACAACCACCUACAACAUCUUCAACGACCACACCUCGGCCAAGACAGACUAUCCCACCAAGGAGGUAUCCGUUUUAUCCUACCACAACGCCUAGAACAGUUCCUCAUAGAACAGAUGACAGAAACAGAGCUAGACCAUAUCCAAGUUAUCCAACUACCUCCUCCACGGAUAGACCCCACAUUCGAGAUUACAGACCAAAUGUUAGACCGACUCCUGUCGAUGUUGGAGUUCCGACAGACAUAAACACAGUGGAAACAGACAAAGCACCAGACGGUAGCUAUAGCGUUGAUACUGGAGAUAUCCCUAAGGACAGAUGGAUAAAUGUCAUUGGUCGUGAUCCAGAAGGGCCGAAAUUUGAUCCAAAUGAUCAUGGCUGUUUACCGGGAUAUGAGAGGAAUGAACGAUUUGAAUGUGUCGAUAUCAAUGAAUGCGAUGGCAGGCAUAUUUGUAGUUCGCUAGAAAUAUGUGAAAAUCGGCCUGGUGGGUACGUAUGUGAAUGCAUUGCUGGGUUCACAAGGGUCUCUGGCUGGUGCGCCCCCAUCAAACCUACCACGGAGAGAACCACAUCUAGAACCUCUACGACGCGAAGAACUACAUCAACCUCAACCACUUCUACGACUACAGUUGCACCAAGUUCAAGCACAUUACUUCCACUACCGCGACCUUCUUUAGAGUGGCCUUAUACACCAGAAGGGAACUGGGAACCCUCCAGGAGUUGUGAAAUGGGCUACACAUUUAGCACAUAUCAGGGCAGAUGUGUUGAUAUUGACGAAUGUGCAACAAACACAGCAAACUGCUCUUCUAGAGAAGACUGCGUUAACAUAGAUGGCGGCUACCAAUGUAUUUGUGGCAAACGGUGCCGUGGGGAAAAUACUCCUUCUUACGCAGUCAGGCCCCGUAUUCCAGAAUCCAACAGGAUAACAGUUGGCGCUCAGUAUGGACAAAGGGGGCCACUCCACAAGAGGCCUAUUUACUCCAGGCUACCAGAAAGUGGGGCGAUUGUAACCACUUGUCCUUGGGGAUAUAAGCUCACACCGGCUAAGUAUUGCCAAGACAUAGACGAAUGCGCUCCCGAUGGUUUAUCCGAAUGCGGUCCGCAGCAGACUUGCGAAAACUUUUACGGGGGAUAUUCGUGUCAGUGUCCCGCAGGACAUCGGCUUGUGGGCAAGCAUUGCGAGGACAUAGACGAGUGUACUUAUGCAUCACAGUAUAAUAUUAAUAACUGUGCAUACAACUCCCGUUGCGUGAACACAAUCGGUUCCUAUCGCUGUGAAUGUGGCGAUGGUUUCCGCAACCCCUCACAUAACGACAAGGUGUGCGAAGAUAUUGAUGAAUGUUCAGAGUCAGCCAGCCUCUGCGACCAUAAGUGUUCCAACGUCUGGGGUGGAUACAGAUGCUACUGCGAUCGAGGGUACAGGCUUAGUUCUGACAACCGGACUUGCGUGGAUAUAGACGAGUGCGCUGAAUGGAGCAGCGGGCGGAACAUCAGAAAGAUCUGCAGCGGUCGGUGCGAGAACACGCCUGGCUCGUACCGCUGCGCCUGUCCUGAGGGAUACCGACUAGCUGAUGACUCCCGGAGCUGUAUUGAUAUCGACGAGUGCGAAAUUGGUUCCGCGGAUUGUUCGGGAGAGGGCGCUGUGUGUCAGAACACGCGCGGCUCGUACCACUGCCAUCAUAUCCGGUGUCCGCCCGGGUACAGACUAGAUGGAAAACACCGCUGUUCUCGGAUGCAGACUUCAUGUCGGGUUGGAGACUGGGACUGUCUCCAACAACCCAGUACUUACAGCUACAACUUCAUAACGUUGGGGGCUAACGUGUUCUUGCCCCAGAGAAGUGUAAAUCUAUUUAGAAUGUACGGUCCUUCUUGGGUGGAUUCAAUCGUAAACUUUGAGAUGAAAAUGGUCGACGUACAAGCAAGACCGGGAAUCAAACCAGCUGACCUCACCUGCUUUGACUUGCGAGCGGCAGGCAACUCCUGCAUGGUGUCGCUGCUGUGCUCCCUGCAGGGUCCUCAGGUGGCGGAGCUGGAGAUCACCAUGUCGCUGUACCAGCGGGCCAUGUUCGGAGGAAGUGCGGUGGCCAGGCUGGUUGUGAUCGUCUCUGAGUACGAGUUCUAGGAGUUGUUAAUAAAUUCUUAUAUUUGUA